CAUUGCAAUACUAGAACUAUCAUCAGCCGGAAGUCUCUGUAGAUGUGAAAAUGGCCGCUAUUCUUGGUCGUUCGACUUGUCGAAAUUUUACUCGUUUCGGCAAUGAAUUCCGAGUAUCCAAGCAGGUAUUCUCUACAAAAUCCAACAAAUUUCUGUCGAACAAGAAAUGGAUCGCCGGAUUAUUAACUGCCGGCGUAACUGUAGGAGGUGUUGGACUGGCUUCAUCUGUUUUCGCCUCUGAGUUGGAAUUACAUCCUCCAGCUAUGCCAUGGUCACAUAAUGGCAUAUUUUCAUCAAUAGAUCAUAAGAGUGCCCGACGGGGUUAUCAAGUUUAUAAACAAGUGUGCGCUGCGUGCCAUUCAAUGAAUUAUAUGUACUACAGAAAAUUAGUAGGUGAAUUAUUGACUGAAGAUGAGGCCAAAGCCGAGGCCGCUGAAGUCCAAGUCGUAGACGGUCCUGAUGAAGAGGGUAAUAUGUUUGAAAGACCAGGAAAAUUGAGCGAUCCCUUCCCCCAACCAUAUGCUAAUGACGAAGCCGCAAAGGCUGCAAAUAACGGAGCUCUACCGCCUGAUUUGUCCUUCAUCACACUGGCAAGGCACGGAGGUGAAGAUUAUAUAUUUAGUUUAUUGACCGGGUAUUGCGACCCACCUGCUGGAAUUGAAGUAAGGGAAGAGUUACAUUUCAAUCCAUAUUUUCCUGGAGGAGCUAUUGGAAUGGCUAAAGCAUUGUAUAAUGAAAUUUUGGAAUAUGAAGAUGGAACACCCGCAACAGCCAGUCAAAUGGCUAAAGAUGUAUCUACAUUCUUGAAGUUCGCUGGUGAACCAGAAUAUGAUACAAGAAAACGAAUGGCACUGAAAAUGUUUAUGAUAUUCGGUAUCCUCAUACCAGUAGCAUACUACAUUAAGAGACAUAAAUGGUCAGCUCUUAAGUCUCGAGUAAUUGCCUACCGCCCUCGUCCACGAAAGUAA